GCUAAGAGUUUUCAUGAUGAAGCCGAAGAAGCAGCAACCAUCAUCAGUGAACGAAAAGAAACCUUCCGGUAGCGGUGCAACAACGGGACCGACUGGCCCAGUAACUGAUAACACAGUUGGAACAGAAUCAAAAUCAACACUCAAUACCAGCUCGUCCAGUUCAGCAACGACGGCACCAGCGAAAAAACCGGUCAAACGUUUGCAAUCUAAAACCAAAGAAAGUACGUCGACAGGAUCGGCAGUAACAAACACGAAUACUUCGGCAGCUGCACCUAGUGGGGGAAAAUCAACCGAAAAGAUACUCUCUAAUACCCAGCAAAUCGUUAACCAACAACAAACGUCAUCCAGCAAGUCGAAACCCUCCGUGGUGAAUGCUGGAAAAUCAACUGGAGCGACGGCAUUGGCAAGCGCAUCCAAAAUACUCUCCCCUGCUACCCGAGCAGUAGAAUCGUCAAAAGAUGGCACUAAAAUUGUAACAACAGAGCCUUUAACAAAUACUAGUUCAUCAUCUCCGACCACCGGAACGGCGGUAGGAAAACCGGAUACAGCGGUAAACUCAUCUGGAAAAGGCAAUAAGCAUGUCGUUAAAGCGAUUAAAUCGGAUUCGGCUAGUCAAUCGGCACUACAGAACUCUGCCAAAGCAAGUGUCAAGGACACGCCGGACCGUUCUAGAAAACCGACAAAAGAAACGGGAAGUGCAUCGAAAAAGUCAACCGGACCGACAGAAAAACUGGACGCCGGAAAAAGAAAACAGUCUGGCAGUAAUCCUGCAACGGUCAGCGGUGUAGCUGGUGAUGGGCGCACUGGUCCAGCUGGUCAUUCUAUUACGUCAGCAUCGAUCGAUUCGAAGUUGCGUGAAAAGGAGAAGAAAAUUCAGAAGGAGUUGAAGAAUCUCGGUGUGCCGGAUAAAACGAUCAAUCAGUCGAUUGAUGCGGCAUAUUUGCUGGAGUCGGCAGUGGAAUCCGUCGUCAACCCGUCGAUCAGCGAAAUGGUCAAGACGAAAUCGCGGACGACUGUGGCCCAGGGCAAGUACGGAGGUGGUGGAGAAAAUGCUAUCGGAGCCAGUGUUAUGGCAAGAAAAUCUUCCAUAACAUCGGAAGAAGGAGCGGAAGGAGAGACAGAAAAAUCAUCAAAAGAAACGGCCUCUGGCAACGGAGGAAAGAUUAAGAAAUCAGUAACGUUGAAGCUGGACCGCCAGCCAGGUGAAGGAUCGAAGAAAAUGACUGCAAAGGGAGCAGCCACAAAGGAAGCUGCUGAGAAAGCUGCCUCGAAAUCGGGACGUAAAGAAGACAAAGCUCCGGCGGGUACUUCGGGAGGUGUGAAUGCCGUUGGGGCAAAAACGCCUUCAACCAAAGCAACCGGCCAGGGAGCGAAAUCUAACAAAAAGGCUAACAAUUCAUCUGCAUCCAGCGAGCCGAAGCAAAAGAAAUCGGGCGUCGCUGAGCUUACGUCAAAAGGAAUGGAGCAGCAAAAAAUGGAUGUAGCAUCCGAACUUCCAGUUGUCAAACAAUCACCCGAACAGGAAGGAAGUAUGAGCAUUGGACGGGGUAGUUCUAUCGAGCAGGAGGAUCACGAGGAAAAGAACGAAGAGGUACAGAUUAGAAUAGACAGUAUCGUGAAGGCACUGGAGCAAGAAGACAUUGACACACCCAGUGGCACAAAGAAAGAAUCUGACGCGGAAACAAGAACAGAAGAAUUAGCUGAUGCGGCAGUAGCAGUUACACCGCUGGUACAUUCUACCGACGGCAAAGCUGCAAACGAUGGGAAAACAAAAAAGCAACCGGCACCACGCAAGCCACCCGCAAAGAAAGAAGGCCCAAUGGCAACUGUAAAAUCGAAGUCAAAAGAAAUAAAUGAAAAGAAAAAAGGCAACGCAGCUGAUCAGGCCAACAAGAAAGAGGUGAAGUUUCAGGAACAAACUCCUGCUUCUCCAGCAAAGCGGAAGUAUGUCAAGAAACCCAAAGCUGGCAGCACCACAGAAGAUGCUGCUAGUGGCGAAAAGCCGACCAAAAUAGCAAAAUCGGCAACCGCAAAGAAAGCGUCUACUGCGAGCAAAACGAAGCAAACAAAUGAAAAACCGAAUAGUAAGACCCAAACAAUACCGCCACCAGACGCUAACGGUGGAACAACAUUGACAGAUUCAUCAAAGGAUGAUAAAGCUGUCGACGCUUCCGUGGAGUUGACAAAAUUACAGCCAGCAAACACGGUUACUACUGUACCGACUCGUGACCGCUCGUCGACCGAAAACGAUGACGAUGUACCAUUGCGACAGCUUCAACAAAAACAAACCGCUGUUCAUCCGGUCACGGACACUGCUACGGUGUCAAGCAAGGACAAACCUACUACCACCGGCCAGCCAUCUGCGCAAGAAGAAACUGCAAAAAACGCACAAGAUCAAGCGAAAGCGAAGGAGAAAGAUGAGCGCUCAGACAUUGGUCCGGAGCUGAGUACACCCACCAGUGCGGCCGGUCCUAUUCUAGCAGGAUUACUAAAGGCUACGGGAAAGCAAAGUAAGCGGCCGUACGUUCGCAAAAAUGCAGCUAGUGGAGGUAGUGGUAAAAAUUCUAAAGUAGCAAUGACCGGUACUUCCUGCCCCAUGCCAACCACACUGUCCGAGGAAUGCCCUUCAAAGGAACGCAAAUUGGAAAAGAAGGAUGUGUACGAUUUUGACGAUUCCGAAAGCGAAGUCGAAACACCCGUCAAAUCUGGAAAACCAAGUUUCAAGCGGAAGUCUUCGGUGGACAUUAGUCAGUCGCGCGAAGACAUCUCACGCGACGCCGUAGAAGAUUCACAGCUGAUUAAAUUGACAGUGGACGACGGAAAAAAGGAGGAGAUCGCAACGGUCGCCACCGGCUCUGCUGAUGGUGUUGGUGAUGAAGAAAAGGGCAACGAUGAGAACGAAACGACGAAGCGAACCGUUCCGCUGAAGAAGCAGAAGCGACGGAUCGAAGCGGCCAUGUCAGAAUCGGUGGCACUGUCAAAAAAAGAACAAAAAUGUGGCGAAUCCUCUGAGUCAGAGGAUGAACGGAACGAUGCUGCCGAUCCGGAUGCGCCAGAGAUGAAGACGAAAAAGAAAGUAACCACACUUGCGAAAAAGGUUAAACAGGAAACGAAGGACGACUUGCAUUCCUCCGCAGAUGAGUCGGACGACGACGAUGAAAAGGGCGUAGGUGAUGAAGAAGAAGACGAGAACGAGAAGGACAGUGCCGAUUCGGACGGGUGUUCAUCCACCGAUACGGUGAGGACACGCGUCGCGAAAAAGCGUCAGUCGGCGAAGAAGCGCAACGUAAAGCUGUACGGGUUCUGGUCCGGUCCGAAACGACACCGUGUAGCAUCGCUGAACGCGCUGGCCAAGGUACAUUGUCUGUACGAGAAUGAGAUGCGCGGUGCGCUUGAAUCUAGCCUGAUGAGCCAAUCGAGCGGGUCGCGUGUCAUCCGCACGAUCACGAAGGAUGGCGAACGCAUUAAGAAGGAACGUAUCUGUCCGGAGGAGGAAAGUGCUGGCGAGGAGAGUCGCUCCGGGGAGACAAUAUGCGGUGGUAUUCCCGAGCAGGGCGCAAGCAACGAGCCAGAGCAGAGCAAAAACAAGGAACCGGAGCGAAAGGACAGUGAUAAGAAGCGGGAAGAGAAGAAGGAAAGCAUGAAACAGGAACGGAAGGAGGCGCCAUCCCAGCAGCAAAAGCAAACGGCGGAGAGUGUUGCUACCCGCGAAGAGCCAAAACCGAAGGUCAAAGAGGAAGCACCCAAAAAGGACAGCGAUCAUGAUAGUGCGGAAUCAAGCGAGGAAGAACCAGUUGUUAUGAGAAACCUGCGAUGUGCACCAGGACUUCGCGGAGCUGGUAAACAUUGGGAUCCCGAUGCGUCCAGUUUGGAGUCGGAGAUCGAACAAUUGCCCGAUAGUGAUGAAACGUAUGCUCAGGGUAAAGAUACUGAUCCCACACGUAAACGCAAGGUGAAGAAAAAGGUGGUGCGCAAGAGCAAAGCAAAACCUGUAGCAGUACAGACAAAGACCGAAAAGGCCGACAAGGACAAGGAGAAAGUAUCCGAAAAGACGGAAAAACCACCCAAACCACCAGUGAAGAAAAUUAAGAAAGAAUUGAAAGCUUUGAUGACGGAUAACGAGCGGCAAGAGGAUGGUACAAUUAGCUCAUCCUCUACCGGAUCGGAAAAAGCCGAAACCGCCAAAACCAAGCCAGAGGAAGGAGUUAAGAAGCGGAAGCGUGAACCGAAAAGCGAAAAGAUAGAUACCGGCGGCGAUUACAAGGAUUACAUUGGUAAGAAGCGCAUGGCCAGUCUGAACGCAACUGCAAUGCUGGCUGCAACCUAUGAAGUGCAGCGCGUGCUCUACCGCAACACUGACUCUAGUGACUCAGAAUGUUCCGCCGAAAAGGUACCGAAAACGAAAAAGAAUGCUAAAGAUGCAAAAGAGCAAAAAGAAUCUGUGUCGAAGGAGUCGGCGAACAAAAUUGAUGGAAAGGAGAAGAAGGAAUCGACUGGUGAGAAUGAGCAGGGUUCUGUAAAAUCAUCGGAUAACAAACAUCCUAAUACAUCGGCGGAAUCCUGUAAUUCCGGUCAACCGGGUGCUUUAAAUGCACCUGGAAGUAUCACAGUAGCACAGCAGGAAACGUUGACCAAAAAGAAGAAAAUGGUCAUCAAGACGGAACCGAUGCGCGAUCGUAAGGACGAUCCGAUGGAGGUAAAGCGUGAAAUAGAAGAGCCGCGCCCUGUGUCGAGCAAUUUAGUUAUCGCGCAGGACACGGAAGUCACGAUUACCGGUGUGUACGUGAAUUCUACGCUCGGAGCUAACCAGGAGGCGUACUGCAAAAUGCAGUACCGUGUGCAGCAAAGCGUUACCGAGGAACGAUUGGUUCGGCCAGGAGAGGCACCACCUAAAUCGUACACUCCGCUGUCUGCCCUGUCCAGUAUGCGACCACCGAAUGAUCAGACUCUAUCAACGCCACCCCUGUUCGUGCCGCCGGCUCAAUGCGACUCCCCGCUAGGACCACCGAGAGCAUUUUAUCCGCCGCCCACAUCAUCAUCCGGCAGUUCAAGCGCCUUCUGUGCACCGAUGCCACAUGACAGUCCAGGAUACUAUCAACCGGCUGGUCCGCUGAUAUCGCCUCACCUACUUGGCCAGCCCCCGUCCCAGCACGGUCCGAAGAGUGGUCCGGAUGGCGACUCGCUCCUCCAGAGUCCACAGCAACCGCCCCCGCCGUCCACGGCCGACAGUACGGACAGCGACGUCCUGCUGACAGGUACGCCCGGACGCCCCGCACACGAUCACCCGAUGGGCUUCCAUCCACUGCGCCCGAGGGCGGCAGUCGCCGUAGCAGCAGCAGCCGCAGCCGCUGAUGAUGCAGAUCGUUAUUUUCGUUCCAUAUUUCCAGGUGGUGGAGUCGAUAUGGGACAUCGCUCCCAACCCUACGGCACAUCCCGCUACGGAGCAGCCACCGGUGCUGGUGGUCCACCCGGUAAUCUCUACCCCCGUCCCAUGCAGAUGCACUGUCCACCGGCGUAUCUGUCCCCAGGGUACUACGCACCGUCGCCGUACGGUCCACAGCCACCUCCACCUCACGGGCCACCACCGGAGAUGUACUACACGCACGCGUAUCCGGCCCACUUCUACCCAAAGUUUGCACCCUCGUACUAUCCAACAUCUAGACGGUACUACGCAGGGCCGGGACCCGGUCCCGAACAUCACCUCUACGAACAGGCACCACCACCGAGCAGUGCACAGGGUCCACCAGGGCCGCCACCUCCACCAUCCGGGGCACAACUCGUACCUGCUGGACCGCAAGGUCCCCAGCAUCUGGAUCACUAUCCGUACCCGCCAUAUCCAGGUUACGGUAGUCCCGGGCCAGGUUCCGGCGGCCAGUGUUAUCCACGCAACUUGCAACACCCGCCGCCACCGCCUGCGUAUAUGGAUGCGCAUUACACAACCAAUUGCCCAUGUCCGAUGCAGUGUCCAAAAAACGUCAAUGCUGGGUCCCUUAUUGGUAUCAAGGCCAGUAAGGGCCCAGUAGCCACAAACAACCAUAUCGUACAAAAUCAGCCGACCACCAGGAUCAGCACGACCGAACCAAUUACAAUUUCGUCAAGCUCCUCGUCGGCAUCGUCCUCCUCAUCUCCGGCGCCAGUCGACUCGCCCGUCACUACCUCGGCAACCACCACCUCCGUUAGGCAAACUUUGGCCGAUACGGAAUCGUCACCAAGCGCAACUUCCAAACAGCAGCAACCACAUCCAUCACACGCGUACCACGCACACCACCAUCACGGGUCUUCACUACCAAUGGAAAUGCAUCCUCAGGGUGUGCCGACCCACCAUCCACACACGUAUCCCUACCACUUCCACCAUCAUCAUCCUAGUCCGCUGCACCACUCACAGCAGCACGGAUCGAUGCAAGCCGAUAUUGCCGCUGAAAAGACGGCAAUUACGGCAACGUCCACCAGCUCGUCGAUGACGACCCUAAGCUCUUUGGCGAAACAAACACCACCCGUUGUGACAACGGCUACGACAGGAUCCGAUACGAGCCAUCCGGAUAAAAUGUGCUACAAAACCGAGCUACCGAUAAAGCCAGAAUCCGUACCGGAUCUACUUUCAACGCCGAUGCACUAUGGUAGCCCGUACCAUCAUCCUUAUCAUCAUCCAGUGGGCUAUUAUCACCAUCCGAAGCUGACAGACCUUAAAGAGGAAUCGCACGGUGCACUAACACCGCCCUACUCGAUAUCGGGCAAGAUGACGCUCCUCGAAACUCCCGAAAUGAGUCCAGUCCGAGUAUCGACCGUGCUGAACGCUCCUACCGUGCUAUCAGGCGAAGUUUUGCAGCCGUCACGGAAGGCGAAAGAAUGUGGUGAAAAAACACACUGCUCUGAAGAUAAGUUAACAAGCAUUCCGGUGUCAACUACCAUUGUAAAGCAAGAGAUCGAAGAGUUUAAGCUACUAGAACCGCUAGUAGGAGGAACCAUGUGUAAAAAGGAAGAUUUCGAAGAGAUGGGUCCCGCGAUGACACCGGACCUGAUGGAUGAAACGAUUGUGAUUAAAAAGGAUCGAGACGAGGAAAAGCCGGUUAACCGAUCUGGCUGCCAUCUCGAGCAUCAGCCGACGCAUCCAAAUGCGUCCGUCGAUCAUCAUCACCUGCAUCACCAUUUACAGCAGAUACGCGUUGGAACGCAUCUACCGCACCACCUACAUCACCACAGUGCCAGUACAAAUCUCUUGCAUGGGUCACCACAUCAUCAUCAUCUGCAUUCGCACUAUAGCAUGCAGCAGCAGCAUCAGCCACCUUUAAUUACCGGUCUGUUGGUGGAGAAAGAUGAAAGCGAUGCCAAACUACCUCCGGAUAGCAAGAGUAUGCUCACCGAGCUCGUGCUUACGACGGAAGCAACGAUGAUGGAAGCACCAAAAUCAAUACUUACGACACCGUCAACAACAGAGUCGUCGGCACAGGCGGUGACACCGCGGACGACGACUGCCAGAUCCACGGUAGACGUUCCAGCAAAAAUGGACGUCGCGCACAGCAUCUGUAAAAGUCCUAGCCAGCAGCCAAGGGGAACCAGUAGUGAUAAUAGUUUUAGUCUUAGUGAUAGCCUAACCCCGCGCGUUGCUGGCACUCCCGAACAACAACUGAGCUCAAUAUCAAAGAACAGUGUAAAAGUACAAUCACAUGACUGUGCUGCUGGUAGCAGCCUAGAUCCUCCCUCACCGGUACCGAUACCAGCCUCUACCGUCAAGCGGAGACCGCUCCUGGUGGCAUGCAAGAAGGCAACACCCAAGCAGUCACCUCCGAAUAGCUAUAAAAAUCUGAUCAAACGUACAAACGGGAUGGAGGGUGAAGAUGACGAACUCGAGCUACAAUGUCCGGAACCGGUAGAACUAAGCGAAGAGGAGGAAGAGGAAGAAGAUGAGGAGGAAGAAGAAGAGGAGGAAGAGGAGGAUGAUGAUGAGUUGGAAAACGAAGAAGAGGAGGAGGAGGAAGAUGAUGAAGGUGCACUGCUCCAGGACGGACAAGUGCAGGAUGUGGAGGAUAUCGAGCUCCAAGAGCAGCGGAAGGUAGAGAUAUCAAAGGGUAAAUCUCGGCGGUUGGCAAUUCCACGAAAUCGAGCUCCACCAUCCGCUAAAAAACGAUUGACUCAGCGGAAACCGUCUACUAUUACUGAUAGCAGAAAAAGGGGAUGUAGGAGAAAUAUAAUUCGAGCGUCAGGAACUUCGCACGACAAACUGCAACGUAGACAGUUCGCUUUGGAAUCUAACAAGUCGACAGUGCCUAGAGUGAUCGGUACAGAACAACGAACACGAUCAGUCAGGCGAUAUUAUCGCGUAUUCCGAUCUAGCAUUGACUCGCUGAAGCGUUUGCCUAUUUCAGUACGCAAGCGGUUAUUGCGGCGUUCGAACCUAACGCUCCUAUCGAGGCGUCAAAGUGUUCGGGACAAAAGGUUCGCUAAAUCACUACAAUCGGAACCGCUCAACGAAGUUAAAGACAGUAUCCAGCUCUCUGAUCCGCAAUCAUUACCGGCGACAGUUAGUGAAAGCGUUAGCAACAUUGCUUUGCUGGACAAUACAUUACCAAACAAAGUUGUACAAGAAUCACCUAUUGAGUCUGUUAAGAAAGAUGAUCAGACAGAAUUAGCAGCGGUGAACGUUAGUGCAGCAGUGGGACCACCACUAUCGAAUGUUGAUCGUACGAUCGAUCUCGUUGCCAAAGGAUACUUUUCCGAGCCAGAAAUUCUUAGCGGAACGGAGCUGCAGAUCCACUCUCGGGCUUGGUUGAAGAAACUUAAACAACAGCAAGAAGGCCGUUCGCAUUCCGAACAGAGCCGUGGUACAAAGUGUGCCAGUGAGACAAAAAAGUGUAAAACCAAGAGUUCUCCACUGGUAUUACCAGAUACUACCAGUUGUUCACCGGUGGAUCUAUCUUCCGCCGGAACUAAGGGUAAAAAGGCAAAAUCAAAGACAAAAUCUUCUAAACAACAACCUACACCUGUGGUGACGGAGUUUGAGGCUUCUAGCAAACCGGAAGGAAUAGCCGAAUGCAAAGAGAGUAAGAGCAAAAAGAAGCCAAACUCCAAAGAACGCAAGAAGGAUCAAUCGACCACCCGGAAAAGAAAACAAAAGGAGCUCUCAACUGGCGAUGGUGACGAUUCGCACGCUCCUAAAAGAAGCAAUCACAGUUCCGCAAUGGAUAAAGCGGACGAAUCGUUGUACCAGCGCGCGACAUCAACACCAAUCCCCGUUCCUAUCAGUGAGGUGCCUCCAGUUGCAGUUCAAGAUGAUCGUGAGGAGGACGAUCGUCGUAAGGGUGGCGUUGCGUUUGAUGACAGUGUCGUAACGCUGAUGGAUCACUCUUCGGUGAUAGAUGAUCGUGAGACGGACUUUGACGACGCGGCAACCAUGUUGGUGGAAGACGAUGUGGCGAGUGUCGAUACGAACGUGCUUGUUAAUCAGCAUAACAACAACAAUAAUAGCGCUGUUACGGAUAAGAAUCAUAUGAUCCUGGAACAGGAACGCAAUGGUGCAGAUCCUAUCGUUCGAGAUGAACCCAUUCAAGCAAUCAUCGCCGAAGGUAAGGAGGGAAGUGAGCUAGAACCUCCGGAAGGUUUGGAACCGUUCAUGGAUGAACCGUUGGAAGAGGAAGAGAACGAUCGGACAGUUUCGAACCAUCAGUCCGAAGCCUUACAGCCCCAUGCUUGCCCUCCUAUGGAAUUGCCUAUUGAACAUCCAACGGCGUUUGGUUUGCACCGAAGUUACGAUUAUAAUGAGGACCUGGAAGACGAUGAUGAACUGUUGCCAAAGCGUGGCUCAAGCCGUACCGUCAAGCGACGCCGUUCGCGGUCGAAGACAAAGUCGAAAAAGUUCAGCAUGAAGAAGCGGCAUCGCCCGACGACAAACCGGAACAUGACCGCAGCAGAGCUGGAGGAGCUGCUUGUGCCAAAAAAAUGGAACUCCAUUCCGCGCUGGAGCAAUGGUUGGACUUGGGAGGGUCAGCCGUUCCAAGGAAUGGUAUUUUUGAACAGUGAUGAUCCGCCGGUUCUGCGCACGUGCUAUCCGGCGAUGCGACAUUCCGUUGGGGACAUUAUAAAGCCGCGCGACUGUGUGCUGCUAAAGGCGGGCAGCAAACGAGCGGAACUGCCAUACGUUGCCAAGGUGGCUCAUCUUUGGGAAAAUCCCGAUGACGGAGAAAUGAUGAUGUCUUUGCUGUGGUAUUAUCGACCUGAACACACUGAACAAGGCCGCCAGCGUACAGAUGGUCCGGACGAGGUGUUUGCCUCCCGUCACAAGGAUCACAAUAGUGUUGCGUGCAUCGAAGACAAGUGCUAUGUGUUAACGUUUAGCGAAUACUGCAGAUUCCGACGACAGCUGAAAGGGUACGAGGAAAAUAUCGAGGAACAACCAUCGAUAGUGCCUGCGCUACGACGCGAAAAUCCUCGCCUUCCGCCACCGAUCGUCUCACCGGAACUGGUCAUGUACUGCCAGCGGGUGUACGAGUUCCGCCAGAAGCGACUCCUAAAAUGCACAUCAUAGUGAAGGUGGGAGUGUGUACAGCGAAGUCACGCUAAGAACACGAAACGGAGCAAU